AGGCGGACAGCGACGAAAUGGACGAAUCGGACUCCGAUGAUGAAACCCCCAUGACCAGCAGCCGCGGCAGGGCGACGGUACCGGACCGACGUCACGUGUCGGGGGGCGCCACAAAGCCCAAGCAGGGAGAGGCGGAGCCGGUGUCGCCGCCGAGGCAGAGCGUUAUCGCGGCGGCCCACGGGGCGGAGGUGGGGUCGCAGAUCAAGGUCAAGUUCGACACUGGUCACUGGUACAGCGGGACCAUCCUCAAGGUCGACAAAAAAGGGGGUAUGAUUCGCAUCGACUACGACGACGGCACGCAAGAGGUCUCCGACAUUCCCGACAGUGACAUCGUGAUCUACCCCUGGCUCCCGCUGGAGAAGCGCGUCCGCCCGCGGACCCUCGCUCAGAUGCGGGCCGAAGAGGCAGAGGCCAAGGCCAAGGCCAAGGCCAAGGCCAACACCACCAAGUCUGAGGCCGCGGGGGGCACGACGACCGGGAGCUCGCGCAAGGUGGCGGUGAAGACGGAGUCCCGGCUCCCCUGGGCCCCCCCCCGAGGCAAGCAGGCGCAGGGCCGCCAGCAGCGGCAGAUGGCCAACAGCAGCAGGCGCGAGCAGCAGCAGCAGUCGAGCGCGCCCGCGAGGGCAGGCAGCGGACGUGGGGCACCGAAGGCGGCGGCAACAGCGGCUUCGUCGUCUUCAUCGGAAGAGGAGGAGGAGGACGAUUCAGAGGAGUCCGAAGAGGAGGACGACGAGGAGGACGACGAGGAGGACGAAGGGGAAGACGGAGACGAUGAAUCGGUCCAUAGCGGCGGCGGCGGCGCGAGGGACGCGCGCGAGGCGAGGAAGAACGGCCGGUUACAGCAGCAGCAGCAGCAGCCGAGGAACGGCAAGAUGCUAUCGGCGGCGGCAGGUAGGGGGCGCCAGUCGUCCCAGCGGCCGGCCCCCCGAAAACGACCGGGAAGACGCCACGGGCGGGGCGGGAGCGCGCCGAAACGCCGACGGGGCGCGCUUGAUGGCACCAACACCCCGAGCGGACAGACGAGCGGAUCCGGUUCAGGCUCCGAGGAGGAGGAAGAGGAGGAGCUGGACGACAUGUCCCUAGGCAUCAAGGCGAAGGCUCGCAGCCCGCGCGCGAGCCCCCGGAGGAAGCCGGCCGCCUCCGCGCCACCCAAGCAGCGCAAGGGGCAGAGGCUCGGCGGCCGCAAAGACGGCUCGAAGGAGGCGCCGCGGAGGGCGGCAGCGGGGGCUCCGCGGACAGGAGGGUCGGCGAGAUUAUCUCGCGCGGCUCGGCCCGGAUCGUCCCUAUCCACCUGUUCCGGCUCGGAGAGCUCCUCUUCUUCGAGCUCGUCCGCUGGCUCCGAGGACGCGCGCCCGGUCGCGGCGGCGGCGGAGGGACGGAGCGGCGGGCAGAAGAAGGCGUCGGGGAGCGCGAAGGGUGGCCCAGCGUCCAAGGCUACUUCAGGGCGAGGGGGCGAAGCCCGCCAGAAGUGCGAGGGGGGGCGGGGGGGGGGGAAGCCCGAAGGGGGUCGGGACGCAGCCGUAGCUGUGACGGCGGCAGCGGCGGUCAAGAAGGAGGACGGGAGCAAAGCCGUAGCUGUGACGGCGGCAGCGGCGGUCAAGAAGGAGGACGGGAGCAAAGGUGUUGGGGAAGAGAAGGGAAGGGAAGCCAAGGCCGCCGCCGCUGCCGCCCUGCGAAACGGCGGCGUUCAGGGGGAGGAGGGGCGCCGACCACAUAGAACGCAGGAGGCCAAGCCACCAACCGCUGCCGCGGCCAAAGGCGCCCGCACCAGCACCGUCGUCAAGCCGGAGGCCGUUCUGCGUGGGGGAGGGAACGCGUCAAGCGGGUGGAAGGACGGAGCGAAGCCCCUCGCGGACCGACGAGAAGCGACCCCGCCGGUGGAAGUCCUCCCGACCCCGGCCACCGCCGCCGCUGCGCGGAGUUCCAACGUGGGGGAGGCCGGGUCGAGGGGGAGGGGAAGGGGCGGCGGCCGCGGGCAGGCGCGGGGGGGAGGAGGAAGGGCGAAGCAGCAGACCAAGCGCGCCGAGCCUGCUGCUAUCGACGUCCGGCCAGCGGAGGGCAAGGAGCGGGGCGAGAGCACUGCUGCUACUGCGGCGGCGGCGGCGGUGGCGGCGGCUGGGGUGACUACACCCGUCUUGCAAGGGUCAGCGGAGAGGAAGGCGGGGCUGUCGACAGAUGUGUCUUCGAGCACGCGCAAGAGCCCACGAAGCAAGGAGACGCCUUCCUCCCCUCGGUUGGGCAAGGGGGUCAAGGAGAACGAGGUCAGCAGCGGCCCCCCCGAGGUGGCGGAGGCCAAGGCCGGCCGCGUGGCGUGCGCGCAGCGGAGGUCGACGUCUCCCGCCAGUGCGUCGAGCUCUGAGGGCGUCUACGACUGGGAAGGUCCGUCAGGAAAGAGUGCUGCGGAACGAGGUGGGGGCUCCGCGAAGACGGCGAAGAGCGGUACGGGCCCUGCUGCGGUCGUGUCAGGAAAGGAUACCUCGCGUGAUUCGGACAAUGGGGAGGCGGAGGCUAGCAAACCAGACGCCCGGAAGGCGGACGGGGGCGGCACACAGCGGGAGGAAACGAAAGCGGGUGGUGGUUUGGCGACAGCGGCUGAGGCAAGCGUUCCCCGACGGCCCUCUGCGAGCAAGCCGAAGGGCGAGGACGUCCUUGAGGCGGCGGAAGAAGGCAAGACCGGCGCCGAGAGCAGCAGCAGGGCCCCGACCACCGAGGUGGCCGCGAAGGCUAAGGUCAUGGUUUCGAAGGCAGAGGUGGUGGCGUCCGGUCUGCCACCUGCCGCCGAACAACGCGACGCCGACUCCGACGCCGUGAAGCCGGAGGGCUCCCCCCCCUCGAGGCCCCCCGACACCGCUGCCGCGGCGCCGCCUGUCGACGAGGCUCCCCCUGCGGCCGAGGAGCUUGCCGCCGCCAGCAACGACAAGGCGGAAGAGGGUCUCCUGGCGAACGGGUUCCGAGACGUGGCGAGCGGCGCGAUGGGAAUUGACUCCACGGACGACACCGGUCCCGCCAGGGGGGGGGAGCCUACCGAGAGUCGUGCUCCCGUGGCGGACCCGCCGGCACCGAGCGCUGUCCCGUCACCCCCCAGCCCCAAGGCCCAGGAUGCGAUGGACGUAGACUCGGGAGGGGAGGAGGGAGGCGGUGGUGCGGCCACUCCUACGCGGGACGAGGCGGCGGUGGUUGUGGCUGGUCCCGUGAAGACUGGCUGCAAGGCCUCCAACAGCAGCAAGAUGGGCGAGACCGCUUCCUUGAGCGGUGCCGGUAGAGGCGGACGAGUUGGGGGGGGUAGUCCUGUGCGCAAAAGGCCACGGAGCGAGGAAAAGCAGGGGGCCGAAGCGAAGAGCGGUUGGCCUGCCCCUGUGCCCUCGCGCUUGGUGCGGGCAGGCCCGGAAAGCAUGGACAUCGACGAGGAGAAAGGCGUGCGAGAUACGGACUCGGCAGGCGCCGGUCCCGCGUCUCCUUCCCCGAAGAAGGAGGUUGCAUCGGGCGCCUUUGGGCGGCCCCGUUCGCAACCAAAGCCCGCGAUGCAACGGGACGAGCGUGCGCCCGCGGCUACGGAGGCUGACGAUCGAGCGUCGAGUCUGUCAGAGGAGCAGCAGACGACCAACGAGGGCAUCGACUCGCCGGAACUCACGAUCGACCCGCCUUCCGCGGCGGUGGGCAGCGGCGGUGCCAAGGUAGAGGCGGACGGGGGCCACCAAGGGCAGGACCCCGGUAGCGGGGGCGGUAAGAAGGGCGAGGAUGGCAACAGCAAGCGCCAGAAUGGCAUCGCCGUCUCUUCUUCCUCGGAUGCACCGCGCCCGUCGACGACGAUCGGCCUAGGGAGGGAGGGGGGUAGCAAGGGCAGCGAGCACCGUCAGGUCGAGAACGGGAAAAAAGAGGGACGGCCGGCGCAGUCCGCGCCGGGCGCUGCGUUGGAGAGGGUGUCAGUGACUGUCUGUACUCCUGUAGAUGGCACUCACGCCGGUCCCCGUCCGCCGCCGGUCGAUGCUGCUGCUCCCGCCGCGAAAGAUCCCGGCGGCGCAUGUGAGUCUCCCACGAAGGAGCAGCAACCGGACUCUCCCGCGAAACCGCUUUGCUCUUCUCCCUCGAAGCAGCCGGAAUUCGCCGCGAAGCCGCUGGACUCUUCCCCCACGAAGCAGCAGCCGGAAUCUACCGCGAAACCGCUGGACUCUUCCCCCACGAAGCAGCAGCCGGAAUCUACCGCAAAACUGCUGGACUCCUCCCAAACGAAGCAGCAGCCGGAAUCACCCACGAAGCAACAGCCGGAAUCUCCCACAAAGCAGCCAAGAUCUCCCACGAAGGACCUAAGACCUUCCACGAAGGAACCAAAAUCUCCCACGAAGCAGCCGAGAUCUCCUCCGAAGCAGCCGAGAUCUCCUACGAAGCAGCCGCGAUCUCCUCCGAAGCAGACGGAGCCCGAGCCGCGCGACCAGGAAGCGUUUGUCCCGGCGGAGGCUGCUGAUCGGCGACCGGCUGCCGUCGGGAAAUCGCCCGUGGUACACAAUCCGAAGGAAGAAGAGGGCAAAGAGAAGGAGGAGGGGGGCGGGGGGGAGGAGGAGGAGGAGGAGGAGGAGGAGGCUCCUGCGGCCGAGGCGAAGCCGCAGCUGCAGCAGAGCAGCAGCACCACCAUUGACGACUCCGAAGGAGAAGAGUCUCAACAAGAGACCCAGGCCCCCGCUUCAAAGGUCGCCCGCAGCGGAAGCGCGGACGGCAGCGACGGCACCGGUGGUGAGGAGCCCCGGCACGUCGGCAGGAAGCGGUCGGGCGUCACCCGCUUUGAGCCCAGCAUGGACCCCGACCGAAAUCGACUCGGGCAGCGCCCCGAGAGGCACGAGCGCCAGGCCGCGGUGCUCGCGACCAAGCGGCUGGCCGCGAGUGCCCCGAUCCGGCGGGCGGGCCGGCGGGGCGGCGGGACUCGAAGCGUCGCGAAAGAGCACCACGAGGUGGAGUUUGCGGAAGAGGAGGGGGAGGACGAAGAGGAGGAUGACGCGGACGACUUGGAGUGGGUCCAGUGCGACAACUGCGAGGAGUGGUGGACUUUGCCGAGCACCUUGAGCGCCGACGCCCUCCCGGACGUGUGGCACUGCCGCAUGCAGAACUGGGGGAAGCCGGUGGUGGAUUGUUUUCUUCCAAAACAACCGCCGCCCCAGUUCGCUGCUGGUGCUGCUGCCAAGGGGGCUAGGGAGGUGGUUCAGCCCGAUCGAUGUCGUGCUGAGCGGGGGCUGCUGGCCGCGCCAACCGUAAAGGGAGCGGUAGGGGCAGCGGUGGCAGCGGCGGAAGCGGCGUCAACCAAAGCGGCAGCGGCGGCGGCGGAGGUGGCACCCACCCCGACCUCAGCGGCGUCAGGGGCGGCGGCGGCAGCAGCAGCCGCAGCAGCAGCCGUAGAAGCAAAUGCUGCGGCGAAGGCGGACGCGGGACUGGCCAUGGUUGCGGCGGUGGCGACAACAGCGGCGGCGAUGGAGGUAGCGAACAUUCCCCCAGCCCCUUUUCGGCUCGCCGCUUUCGACCCGGCUGGUCAUCAUCAUUUUCGGCGCGAGGCUCCUGCCAUCGACGCACCGAAAUCGUUUUCACACCCCGCCAAAGGUCCGGAACCACGGCAGCAACAGCCACAACCGGCGGCGGCGUUGUGUCCUCCCCCCGCGCACGCGCCGGCGGUAGCAGCGGCAGCGUUGGCGGCGCAGACGCGGCCCGUGCUGCAGUUUCCUCCGGCCCUCACCGCUGAGAACCAGAGGGCGGCGGCGGCCGGGACCACGAUCGACGACAGGCCGACCACCACCGGCACCGCCGCCCCGAACCGACGCAAGCGGGGGCGGGAGGGCGGCGGCGGCGGCGGCGGCGGCGGCGGCACGCACACGGGCUCCGACGACGACGACGACGGUGCCGGGUUCGCGGGAGGGCGAGACGGAGGACCGGGGGGGAGCCAGGGAGCGCCGGAAGCUGGAUCCAGACCGAACGGUGUGGGGGUGGCAUCGUGCCGGGGAAGGGGGAGAAAGGGCAGCAUCGGCGGCGGGGGCAGCAUGGGGAGGGACGCCGUCGCUUCGCUCCUCAGGGCCGCGGAGUCUAGCCAGGGGGAGGUCGCGCCCGCACCGCCGGAGGAUAGGUCGGGAGGGCGAGGCGGGGCAGCGGCGGCGGCGGCGGCGGCGGCGGCGGCGGCGGGCAUGCAUUCGGCGGCUCGCUCCGAUGGUGGUGGCGGAGCGGUUUUCGAAGCCCCGCCGAAGGCUGACCAGUGGGUGAUGUGCGACUACGCCCACUGCGGGAAGUGGAGGCGCGUCCCUCCUGGUGUGAGCGUACAGGGUAUCGACAAGUGGUACUGCCACAUGGGCACCUGGAACCCAGCCGCAAGCUGCGAGCAGCCCGAGGACAGCACCUCAAUCCCAACCCCGGCGACCAACGGCACCGCGGGCGGCAGGUCCUUCGUCGUGAGAGGCGGGGCCGGGAGCAGAGGCGGCGGCGGCGGUGGCAGUGUUAGAGGCCGCCGAAUCGGCUCCCGAGCUCGCGCUACGUCGGAGUCGGUCGACGCGGCGGACGAGAGGGCCUGGAGAAGGGAUCCGGGCUCGUGCAGCGGGCUGGAGCGACGCGAGUCGGACGCCGGGUCUCGCGGCGGCGGGAGGGGUCGGGGCAGGUCGAAGAAGGACGACGUGCUGUGGGUGCAGUGCGACCGGUGCCUGCGGUGGAGAAAGCUGGCGCUCGGCAUGCGGCUGGAGAACCUGCCCGACAAGUGGUACUGCAAGAUGAACACCUGGAGCCCGGCGAACCACUGCAGCUACCCGGACGAGUACGACGCCGAGACGAAGCAGGCCAAGGGAGAGAGGGAUCAGGUCGCGGCGGGCGGUGGCGGCGGCAGCAGCGGCGGUGGGGGGGGCGGCGGCGGGGCCAGAGCUCCCGGCGCUGGCGGGGGGGGGCUCUUGUCGAGGGGCGCCGGCGGUGGGCUGCAGAAGGCGAACGGCCGCCUCUCGUACCGAGAGAUCCUGUUCAACAAUGAUGGGAAACUCAGGCCCCCGUACUCUGCCGGGCCGUGCGCGAGCGCGUCCGCCGGCUACCUCUUCCCGAAGCCUGCCGGCGGCACGGCGGCUGUCCCGAGAGCGAGUUCCCGGAUGGAUGAGGCCAGUUCAACACCCCGCAACGAUUUCUACUUUUCGGAGAGGUACUGCCCAGCCACGGCCACCGGCCCGGAAAGGCCUGCGCCGCCGCUUGACCUCCUCACCGCUUCCCUCAAGCUCACCGGCCAGCACAAGCUAUCGCUCGGGAGGUUUCGGGAUGUAGACGAGGUCGGAACCACGGCCAGGGCCAACGGAGAACAAGCGAGCGCCGGCAGAGCAGGAGGCGUUGUUGAGGGCGGGGCGGCGGCGGCGGCGGUGGCUAGGUGGGCGAAUUCGAACGGGAAAGGCAAGGAUUCGGGAGUGGUUUCGUGGGCGGCGGCGGCGGCGGCGACGGCUCCACCGGCGGCGGCGGUUGGGCCUGAUGAGCCACGGGCGCGGCCGGCGACCCGUCGCGUCGGAACCUACGAGCGAGAGCGGCAGCAACGGUGCUCGGUGCUGCACUACCUGACGAUCGCUUCUACCCCUCGACCGGGCGCCGCUGCUGUGGACGCCGCCAGUAUGGUCACCGCCACAAGCGACGCCAUUUCUCGUUCGACGUCGUCGGCGACACGCCCGGAAGGCGCGACGGCAGCGGCUCUGUUAGCGGCUAUGCGGGAGCGGCCGUGGGAAGGCAGGCCCAAUGCCGGUUCCGCUCAAGAUUGGGCGGAGUGGCUGGAGCACCUGACGCCGACCCUGGAGCGGCACCUCCGGUGGCUUGUGGUCGACGGGCUGGCGGCGCAGUUGGACGGGGCCGGCGAGAGGGAGGCGCGGUUCGUGGCCGUCGUGAAGGAGGACGAGGAGGCGGCGGUGGAACCCGGCGGGCCCGAGUCCGCCGCCCCCAGCGCGGGGGCAAGGGUGGCCGCCGCCGUGGCAACGGGGACGUCCGGCACAGCAGGGGCGGGAGCGUCGUCGAUGCUGGCUGGAGGCGUGCGCAUCAUGAAGUCGAGGCCAAUCAAGAUGGUGAAGCCGUGGAGGUGACGGCGAGGCAUGGGCACAGGGGGGGGGGUAUCGUCCUUUUGUGGGGAGGGUGAGAGGGGGAGGGGUGCGGCGACGGGACCUAUCUGCCGAGCGGAAGGAUUGGUGGUCCCAAGACUCCCAAAAAUUGAUUACUAUACUGUGGUCAUCAAUUGUGUCUUGUUGUAUUGUCUGUGGUGUGUUGAGACACUGAGACACGUGGUGUGCGUUUUUCAGAACUACUGCUUUUGCAGGUGUGCGUGGUUCUUUUUCGAUUCGCGUGUUUUUUUUUUUCUGUUCCAGGGCCUUGGUUGGGCACGCGAGAGCACCCGGUGGGCGGGGCCGCCGCAACAUUCUUGACGGUUGUGCGCAGAGGCGUGAUGGUGUUGCUUGAUCACUUCACCUCGCAUAGAAUGCAAAAGUUCGUCCACCAUCGCACCCCCGCAUAGCCCUCCCGUGUUUCUGUGUGUGGUUUUUCUGAGGUACAAACUCGUUCGUGUUGGCUCGUGAGUUUGAUCGUUUUCAAGUGCUCGGCUGGCGGGGAGUUUGUGGGAAGCCACGUGCUAGCAUAUCGUUGGACAUGAGACACAGUGAGAUAGAUUUUAUAUGUUGACGAUUUUCUGCACGAGGUAUGAUAAGCGGGCGAUUGAAUCGCAAGCUGGCUGGGAGUGGAAUUUUUUUCUCCAUCGAACGUCUACAGCAGUGGUGGUAUUUUGUGUGUUAUCGUGGGGAUCACCAGCAGUUCGAUGAUUAGUCGAGAGAGCGAACGGGGAGCGAAAGAGGAACAGAGGAAUACGUCGGGCCCACGCGGAAGCAACGGAGGAGGAGUGCACUUGGUGCGUGCGUGCGUGUGCGUCGUCGGUCGUUGUUUUCGCGUUUUUCUGAUAUUUACCCGGGGAAAACUUUUCUGAGCAUGUUUUGUUAGAGCGUUUUUAUUAUUUGUCUGUUGGAGCACUUCCGUGAUGGGGAUAGAAUGGAUGUCACAAGGCGAGCGCCAGAUCAUCGCCGGAAAGGAACCCGUCCAAACACUGCACCUGUACUAGCUUCGGGAGAACGACUAAUCC